UGAACUACUCGAACGCUUUUCUUACUAUGGCAUCAACUUUACGCAGACAGCAUACUUGAUGGGUGUCUAUGACGACAACUGGAAUGCCGGCUUGACCGGAGUUGAGGCUGCAUCCGUAACAAGUCUGUCGACUGCCAUUGCCUAUUCCUCUCCUUUUUUGGGAGCCAUUCUUGCAGAUGCCCUACUUGGAGACUUUUGGGUUAUUGCUCUUGGAACUAGUUUUCUUUACAUUCCAGGAAUGAUUCUGAUUGCCUUGACUACAGUCCCAGAAUUGCUUGGAGAGACCUUCAAUAUGACGGCACUUCGGGUUGGACUUACCGUUCUCUAUCCUUUGGGAGCAGGAGCUAUCAAGUCAGUUGUCAACAUCUUUGGAGCCAAACAAUUCCAUCCAGUCUUGCAAUCCUCCAUGCUUUCCGAGUACUACGUCAACUUUUACAUGUUCAUCAAUAUCGGGGCAUUGGUAGGAGGUAUUCUCAUUCCUAUUGUUGCCCAGCACAAUGUUACAGUUGCGUAUUUCAUCCCAGUUGCCACCAUGGCCCUCGUUAUCCUGGUGUUUGUUCUGGGUUCCUCGCGCUAUGUGAAAGUGCAACCCAAUAUGCAAUCACUCUUGAGUGUAGGUCGCGUCAUUGGGAAUUCGGCUGGUCGCUGUCGCAGUUUGAAUAGCAACAUGUCUUCCAAUGGUGGACGAUUCUCAGACCACAUGGUCCAAAGCGUCAAGCAGCUUCUAUGCAUUAUCCCAAUCACUGCCCUUGUGGUCCCCUUCAACAUUGUCUAUGCUCAAAUGUCGACAACGUUUAUUGUGCAGGGGACAGUCAUGAAGAAUGUCAGCUUCAUUGAUGCAUCCAUGAUGCAGAAUAUGGAUGCCAUAAGCGUCCUUGUCUUCGGGGCCCUCAUUGGACAAGUGCUGUAUCCAUUCCUUGAGAGGAAGGGAAUCCGCAUUGCGACUACACACAAGUUUGCCAUGGGAACUUUUUGUACUGUUCUUUCUUGCGUCUGCACACUCGUUGUUGAAUACCAGAUUCACGCCACAUACAAUCGCAGUGGGAAAAAGAUCAGUAUCUUGUGGCAAUCAUUUUCAUACUUCCUCAUUGGAUGCGGAGAGCUCUUUGCAAUCAGUUCGGCCUAUGAAGCAGCCUACAAGGUUGCUCCCAAAGAACAAAAGGCUCUGGCAUCUGCCAUCAACCUGUUCUUCAUUGGCGGUAUUCCCAACUUUAUUUGCAUGGCACUUGAUGAAGCAGUCAAGCCUUGGUUUACCGAUGCCAGUGGAAGUGGCAACAUUGCGUCAUUGGAAGCAUACGCAAGCACCAACAUUAUCAACUUUUGGUGGUUGCUGAUCUUCAUUGGCCUUGGUGGAUGUCUCAUCAAUGUCCUUCCUUGGACAAGGAACUGGGUGGAAGGCGUAGAAGAAAUGGCCCAGGAGAACCUCAUCGCGGUUGAAUCAGAGAGGCGCACCAAAGUGACAGCUGCACAUGGCAGCGACGAUUGGGUCAACAGCAACGACAAUAAUGAGGAGGAUACCGACGCCGAAGACUAUCUUGUUUUUUCGAUUGAGGACUUGGAAGAUCAAGGUAGUGAUGCCGCCACUGUUGGGAAAGAGAACAGCUCCGAUGCAAGCAAUAAAGAGCCUUCUAUUGUAUCCGACGUUGUUGUUGAUUCAUGGGAAAACUGCGAGUGAGGAGGGUGGCCACAAAGUCACGUCGAUCACUGAUAGAUUGCAGCGAACAAGACCUAGAAACAAACAGAAGACUGAAGAUAGAACACAAAUUAAUGACUAAUAAAGCAU